UGAGCUUCAUCCAGGAUGCAGAGGAGGAGGAAGAGCAGGGGGCGGAGUCAGUCCCUGGGGAUAAAACUCUCCACAGAGAAUCAGACGCUCAGAGUCAACCGAGCCGGCAGAGCAGAAACAACCAACCAGAAGGGACCAGAACCGACGGGUCACAACUCCUCCUCCUGCAGCGCUAAGCUCCAGGUCAGGAUGACUUCCCUCCUCUUGCCACUCCUCCUCCUGUCGCCGGUGGGCUCCAUCAUGGCGGCUCCAGAACCAGCCGGCUGUAAGAUCCGGAUCACCGAUAAAGGCCUGGAGCUGUUAAAGCUUGAGACUCAGAGGUUUGUGGAAGAGGAGCUCAGUAACAUCAGCAUGCCGGAGAUGAAGGGGACCGAGGGCCGGUUCCAGUACACCAUCACAGACGUGAAGAUCACAGAACUGAACCUGAGCCAUGCGGACCUGCGGUUCCUCCCAGACGUCGGUCUGCUGUUCGACGUUCAGAACUCAUCCAUCGCGCUGAGCUUCCAGCGCCGGAUCCUCUACUGGUUCUUCUACGACACGGGGAACAUCAACGCGUCGGCCGACGGCGUCAACAUCAACACGGCCGUGAACCUGAUCCGAGACGACGUAGGGCGGCUGAAGAUCAACAACAUCAGCUGUGACGCCAAGAUCAAGAAAAUGAGAGCGGAGUUCAGCGGGACGCUUGGGAAAAUUUAUGACUUCCUGGCCCGAUUUCUGACCACCGGGAUGCGAUUCUUCCUCAACCAACAGAUCUGCCCGGCGCUGAACCACGCUGCUCUGGUUCACGUGAACGCCAUGUUGGAGACGAUCCCGGUGCGGAGCGAAGUGGAUCACUACAUCGGGAUCGACUACUCUCUGAUCAGCGAUCCCGUGGUGACGUCGCGGAGCCUCGACAUGAACUUCAGGGGGAUGUUCUUUGACCUGUCCAACCAGAACCAGCCGCUGGUGAACUACGCGGUGGAGCCGGUCAUCAGGGAGUACGACCGCAUGGUCUACCUCGCUCUGUCUGAGUUCUUCUUCGACAGCGGGAUGUUCGCCUACUACUCUGCUGGGAUCUUCCAAAUGCACAUCGUCAACGAGAAGAUGCCCAAAGAUCUGGAGAUGUUGCUGAGGACGACGUAUUUCGGAACCAUCAUGAUGAUGAACCCAGCUCUGGUGGAUGCACCACUGUCCCUGCAGCUUGCUGUCAACUCGCCCCCAAAAACCUCCAUCAAAACGUCCGGGGCCACCGUUGUCAUGACAGCCAUCGUCAAGGUGAUGGUUCUGCCCCCAGGCCAAUCUCCGGUCCAGCUCAGCAGUAUGACCAUGGAAGCUAAGUUUAAUGCAAAAGUUUCCAUGAGAGGAAAACGUCUGGCUGUGCAUGCUGAUCUACGCAGGUUUAAGAUCUUUUCCAACCAAUCAGCUCUGGAGUCUCUGGCUCUGAUUCCUCUGCAGGCUCCUCUGAAGACCAUGCUGCAGAUGUCCGUGGUUCCUCUCAUCAACAACUGGACCAAGAGGGGAGUCCGGAUCCCACUGGCUGAUGGGAUGGAUUUCAUCGAGGAGGUGGUGGAGUAUCACAAUGGUUUCAUCGUGAUCGGAGCCAACCUUCACUUCAGCAAAGGCCUGAGGGAAAUGAUGGCAGGAAGCAGCGACAUCCAGCCCACCGCCAGCACCAGCAACACCACCAGCACCGCUGUCUAAGCAGAACUGGACCUGGCAGCCAGAACAUUAUGACCGCCUGCUCACCGUUUUACUCCCGAAACACCUCCGGGCCGCCACUAGAGGGCACCACAGAGCCGAGGGUAGUUAAGCAUUGGUACUGGUUCUGCUGGUUCUGUGUAAGAAUGUGAGGGAGCAUGAUUAGCUCUGUUAGUGUGUGUGUGUGUGUGUGUGUGUUGAACCACCAGAGGAGGUUCAACACAGACUGGACUGUGGAACCAAACCUUAGAAGCAGAGACGUCCAAUCUGAGGGACUGAAACUGUUGGUGGUCAUAAUCUUCUGCUGAUCUGAUAUAAAUAGAUGAUGUAAAUAUCGACAGACUGAGGAAAGUGUGUCGCAGCAGCUGCAGAUUCAACAAGAUUUACUGAUACAAACAUAAAAACCUGCUUUCUGACAUUUUCCAGUUAAAUCAUUUUAUUUAUGUGCCGACCAGAACUUCCUUUUAAUCUCACAGCAUGACUGAAGGGAGCUGAACUGCAGGCGGACUAAAGACUUCUUAACAUCUAACUGAACAUCUGAAAGGUUUCCAAACUGUCCCUUAUAAAUAAAACCCCUUUAAUAAAACCUCAGAGCUGUACUCAGAAGGUUGACUUGAUGAUGUCAUAGUUCACCAAUCUCAGAGUUUCUGUUUAAGGCUUCACAGAAGUCUUGAAGCUCAAUUCCAGUUUUUAUGCUGAAUUCCGAUAUUUUUUGUUGUGGUUUUUCAUGAUACUAAAGGCUCUAAGUAAAAAUUAGUUAAAUUACUAAAUUUAGACCAGCGGCCAUUUUAGUUUCUCGGUCAGCCUGUGUUUUGGGGGGAAAGGUCUGUGAUCUGAACAGCUCAUGUUGUUUGUGAUCGGCUGAUUUAGGUUAUUAAUGUUUACAAUUUAAUGCCCACCAACCGCAAAUAAACUCAAGAUGCAGAACCGUUUAAAAUGACACAGUGAUUCAGAGGAGAUCUUGAUCUUUUUCGAAUCAAUAUUUAAUUGGUGAAAAAACUAGAAAGCAUUGAUGAAUCAAUAUUUUUGCCAACUACAAUCAAGCAGGAACUUGGCAAGUUAGGACCCAGAUAGCUUAGCGCUAGUGAGUGCUAGCCAGCAAACUACCCGGAUCCAGGAAACUAUGGAGUUAAAUUUGUUUCACAAUUAUUCAAUCAAAAAAAAAAAAUUUUCAAA